CAUUCUCAAAACCCAUCCGUCGACGACGGAGUAGAAAUUGCAGAAUGUUACAGGCUUCCAUUUAUCCGAUCCAACCGCCGGCUCCGAUUUCACGUACCAAGUCUACGAUACUCCCAAUACCUUCAUCAUUUUCCUGGCCCAUCCGCCGGCCGUCGACUUCGUUUCGCCUUCGAUCACCCCCGAUAACUAGAAGCUCUAACUCUCAAGCAUUUGAUCUCAACGCCACAAAAAGGAUGGAUGGGUUCCUAGAUGUUGAGCUCAAAGUUCGUGAUUAUGAACUGGACCAAUUUGGCGUUGUGAACAAUGCUGUUUAUGCAAGUUAUUGUCAACAUGGUCGUCAUGAGCUGCUGGAAAGUAUAGGCCUUAGCCCUGAUGCAGUUGCUCGCACAGGGGAUGCAUUAGCUCUAUCAGAGUUAUCUUUGAAGUUCCUUGCACCACUUAGAAGUGGAGACAGAUUCGUCGUUAAAGUGAGGAUCUCGAGCAUGUCAGCUGCUCGCUUCUACAUUGAUCACUUCAUUUUCAAGCUUCCAGAUAUGGAGCCAAUCCUGGAGGCAAAGGGUACGGCAGUUUGGCUUAACAAAAAUUACCGUCCAGUGCGUAUCCCUCAAGAAUUUCUGUCAAAAUUUGCUGAGUUUGCUCGGAAUCAUGAGUCGAAGUGAUCAGCUUUGGGAUGGCAAAAGUGGUACUUGCCUUUGGCCCUGUAUUAGAAAGAAGGCGAUGGAGCAAAUAUCUGAUUCACAUACAUAUCCAAAUGCAUAGCGAUGAAUUCUUGCUUUCUCAUAUACUCAAGACCACAGGUACUAAAAUAGUGUGGUACAUAUAUAUAUAAUUUAGAUAGGUUUUUCAGCAGAUUAUGAUUUGAUGACAAUUUGAUACCUUAUUCUCAUAGUAAGSUUAUUAAGAUCUCGCUUGGUAACGUUUCCAUUC